AUGUCGACGGCGAGAGGAGUCCGACAUCAACAAACUAAUAUUUUCACACGCGUGAUUAUGUUCAAUAUUUCUCCUGGUAAAAUUAGCAAAGACAAACGUCAGAGGAAAAAGAGACUACGCCUUUUGUGGAAAAAUCAUGAACGUGAUCAUUUCACAUUGACGUCAUACAUAAAUCAUCAUGCAAAUCAACGGGAUUCUACUGAUACUCAUAUCUCUCUGCAUGGUUGCCAAUCACAUAAAUUGUGCUCCUCUAUUGUUCGAAAAUAA